AUGUUGCCAGCGUUAUCGAGCAAUAGUGCACAUCAACUACAUUUGGAUAACAACAACAGCGCAGCACAUCAACAGCAUCAACAACAAGCAUUGGAGCACUCUCAACAGCAGCAGCAACAACAACGCUCCAACAAACGCAGUGCCAGUAUGAUAUUUCGCAUCGAACACCUGCUGCCAAGCACCAGCCGCGGACUACCUCCCAUUGUACCUAUUUCAAGCGAACAUCUAAUGAAUGAUCGACAGUCACCGACAUACACAAUAUCCACUGGCGCCACCAGCAGCACCUCCACCACAACUACCGCCAAGCGUACCAAGCAACGCGCCACUUGUAACGGUGUGCUCUUGUCGCAAUUCACGCCGAAGGAUACUUUAUCCGAAACCAUACCAACAUAUGCGCUGAUGAGCGCUAGUAGCAUGGCGAGCAGUGAACAGCCCGUUACGGCAUAUUGCACGCUCUCUGAAGGUGUGUUGCGCAUGAGUCCGGAACUCUUGCGACGCAUAAAACUCUCGGAAGACAUCCAUAGUUAUAAUGCGCUCUUCGAAUUGCAACCAGGUGGUGCGGUGCAUGUGCGUACGGUGCGCGAUGUAGCGCGUGAUGAGGAACUCGUGGCGUGGUUUGGCGAAGAGAUUGCUCUGCUGAUGUCCAUACCAUUUCUGACGCCGCUAAAUAUUCAAGGCAAUAAACGCUACACUUGUCACCUCUGUCAACUAACUUUCGAAACACCCAAUCCGCUGAAGAUUCAUUUGGCUCUCGGCUGCGGUCGCCACUCCAUGGACAUACUCUGGAUUCGCUUACACUAUGCGCUGAAAGCAACUAGCUAUACACAACAUCAGCACUCGCCAAAUGCCGCUCUUUCGAGCACUUCGUCCAUUUCACCGGCGUCAUCGCCACAGCCCGCAUCGCUGGCACAGCCAACCACAGCGCAACCCCAGCCACAACAUCGACCACAAGUACAACGUUUGUCUGCCUUUAAACCCGUCUCUCCAUCCAUUGCAUUCACCGCCGCCGUAUCGACGAGCUCCUUUAGCAACCCACACGCACACACCAGCACUGCUGUGAGCCCCAGCUCAGCACUGUCGUACCUGCCACCGAUCGCCUCUGUUGGUGGUACUUUGUCCCAUAUGCACCUACUACAGCCGAGUAGCAGUGUAAGCAUGGGUCCCACAAAUUCUCUAAAUGCUGCUGCACAAAUCGAAGCGAUCGUUAGCAAUAUGGGCGCCUCGAAACAGGGUCAUCUCUGCAUCUACUGCGGCAAAGUAUAUUCUCGGAAGUAUGGUCUAAAAAUUCAUAUUCGCACACAUACGGGCUUCAAGCCACUCAAGUGUAAAUUCUGUCUGCGUCCCUUCGGUGAUCCAAGUAACUUGAAUAAACACGUUCGCUUACAUCUGCAAUCCAACGUAAGCAAUGCGCCAGUUGAGGGGUACAAAUGCACGUUGUGCAACAAAACAUUGGCAAGAAGACGCGAUCUCCAGCGUCAUAUUGAAUCGCGGCACUCCGGCGAUGGGGGCAGCUCCUGAUAUAGCAAUUCAAUGCACUGCCCUUGGGGUUGGCUUAGAAAGCUUAAAAAAUAUGUGAUAAUAGUAAUAUGUUGUUUAAGAAAUAUUAAAAUACUAUACUCUUAUAAAGAUAAAUUAUUUCCAAAUUUUCACUUAUAUGUUGUAAUGUUUUCUGUUUUGGUAAUGGUGUCCCUUGGAAUAAGAGCCAGUUUCAUUUCUUUCUUCUUCAUACCUUCUCUCUGCCAAACCAUUCUUCUGUCAUUUGAAGCAUUGUAUUUAGCUGCUUGAUUGACUACUACGUAUGACGGUGUGAGAUCCAGCACCUUCCAGUACUGCUGUCGGGCACGUACGCAUUGCAUCUGAUGCGCAGAUGCAGGCAAACCGUUGAAGCUUCGAGUUUAAGUGCUAUCAAAGUUUGCAAAGCUUUUGAGGACCA